AUGUAUUCGAUUUGGAAGCGAAUGGCAAACAGUAAUUGUUAUAAAAUAAUGUUCGUUAUUGGAGUUGUCGAUAUGCUAGCAAUAUUAUGUUGUGGAUUUUUAACUGGAUAUUUGGGAUAUUUUGGAUAUGUUUUUUGUUCUUCACCAAAAUUUAUUUAUUUUGCUGGGGCUUACGGAUUUUGUUUGGAUUUUUUAAUAAUUUCAUAUAUUCGUUAAUUAAUAGUUUGUUGGUCUACUGAAUCUACAAUAGAGGGGAUUUUAGCUAUUAAUCGUUGCGUUGAAAUAUGGUCUUCUGAAUAUGCAAAGAAACUUUUUGGGGGUUGGAAUUAAUCCAUCUUUAGCCUUAACUUUAGCUUUAUUUUUUAAAAGGCAAAAAAUUGUUUAUUUGGCUGGGCAUUCCCUUUCUAUACGGCUUAGCAGUAUUUGUAUGGGCAAAGCCAGUUACAUUCAGUGGCAU